GUGUUUCAAGCUUCGUAUCCAAAUACAGCGGUGUAUGGAAAUUUUAGAACAAACAGAGCAGCCACUUUAAAAAAAAAGUUUAAUUCAGAAGGGUUUUACAGAGGAAACCACUUCCGAGGUCAUCAUUGUCAUGAUUCUGUAUUUCAAAGGUUUUCCUCAGCGCCAUCACCAAGCAAACGCCUUCAAGGUCUUUGUUAACUCAUUUCUCUUCAUAUCCUCUUUAACAAGCCUCUGUUUCGGCCAAAUAUUUGCCGUUUCACCUGGUUAUCCGAGCUUUUCGACUAGGGGAAAAUCUGGAGACAUGGAUCUCGGUUAUAAUGCGAACUUCCCUGUUGAUAAACCAUCCGAUAUUGUUUUAGGGGGGCUAUUUCCCAUGCACAAUAAAAACAUCACAGAACAUGGCUCUACUUGUGGGAGCCUAAACGUGGAGCGAGGUAUUCACAGAUUUCAAGCUGCGAUAUUCGCGAUAGAAGAGAUCAACAGGAACCCUGAUCUGUUGCCAAACAUUACCCUUGGCAUGUCGGCGUAUGAUACUUGUGGAAGAGACACUAGAGCUUUAGAGGAAUCGCUCAAGUUUGUCAUGGAAUCACUUGCUAAAAAUAGGACCGUAAGCUGUUCAAAUGCGUUUACAGCGUCUUCCUCAAUGAAAGAACGAAUCAUGGCAGGAGUUGUUGGAGCAGCAGCAAGUACUGUUUCCAUCCAAAUCGCAAAUCUCUUAAGGUUGUUCAAACUACCGCAAAUAAGUUAUGCUUCUACUUCAACAGAUCUCAGCGACAAAGCAAAGUACGAUUUUUUCGUGCGCACUGUACCCCCUGACAACUACCAGGCGCGCGCGAUGAUCGAUGUUGUGCGUGGAUUAAAAUGGACGUCUGUGUUCGCCGUGAGUUCCGAGGGAAAUUACGGAGAGCGGGGUAUACGGGAAUUUACCAAUGACGCGAAAGCGGCAAAUAUUUGUAUCGCGGGGACGUUUAAGAUUGACGGAGGUUCGAGCGGCGACGAACAAAUCGCCAGCAUGGUCAAAGAAUUUCUGAAACGCCAGACUGUCCGUGGAAUUAUUUUAUUUUGUACUGAUACAGACGCUAGAAGAAUCCUACAAGAAGCUAAACGUCAAAGUGCCGCUGGUAAAUUUACAUGGAUAGCGAGCGAUUACUGGGGAACGCGGAAAAAAACCAUUGACGGUCUCGAGAAAUACGCGGAAGGAGCGAUAACAAUAAGUUUGACGGAGGCAAAAGUUACUUCGUUUAAACAGAACUUCACUUCUUUAAAACCUAAUAACCACAGUUUGCGAGUGAAUCCGUGGUUUGAAGAGUUUUGGGAAACGCAGUUUAACUGCCGCUUGAGCGAAAGUGCUUGUCGCUCGCGUUCUCUUAAAGAUAUGGACAUGCGCAUUGAUGAUAAAGUGCCUUUUGUUAUUGACGCUGUGUAUGCGUUUGCGCAUGGCCUUGACGCCAUGUACAAAAGCUUCUGUCCAGCUAGGAACGGCCUGUGUCCUGAAUUGAUGAGGCACUUCGAUGGCAACCAGCUACGAGACAUACUUUUUAACGUAAGCUUCACUGGAGAAACUGGCUCAGUCAGCUUUGAUCGCAACGGAAACGGCCCGGGUAGAUACGACAUUUAUCGUCUGCAAGGCGGGAAAUACGUAAAGAUAGCCUCUUGGGAUGAUAAACUGUACGAUGCACAGAAACUUUACGAUGGAGCAAAGAACGGAACGGCUUUGUCACGUUGUGGAGUUCCUUGCACUGCUGGUCACUACAAAGUGUUUGAUUUUGACGGAUCCUGCUGCUGGACUUGCAAGAAAUGUCCUGAAAAUAACUACGUGCAAGGUAUUUUUUGUUACAUUAACUUAAGCUACAGUAAAGCGGGCAACAAAACACUUGUUUUGCAUCAUUGCUUCAAACAGAAUUGAUUCAAGGUACUACUUUGGAUAAUGCUAUCGCUUACUUUCUAGACUUUCCAUGUUGCGCGGAAAAACUGAAUCAAAAUUCGUUCCCCCUACGCACAGUCCAUUUGAGACAACACCGACCAAAUCUCACGUGCAACAUAAGGCUGGUCAAGGAGAUGCUCUGUCUUAGUUGUUAAGAGUGCUGUCCACUGGAUAAAUCACUAUCUAGUGCAAAAAGCAUUUGGCUUUCACACACUUAUCCACCGGAUAAACUAUCCAGUGAACCGCUUUUGAAAGACCGGGGCCAUUUUGUCAGAGGUUUGAAUGUGCUCCAGGAUUGAAAAAGCUCCUUUAUACUCAGUUCUGAUUGGUUGACCUGCUUGUUUAUUUAACAAGAACAGAAACCCCAGGGGCACCCAACGACAAUUUUCCGAAAAUAUCUGUUCGGAAGACGAUUUGAGAUCUAGAAUUUUCGGAACAUUUGUUGUAAAAUUUUUUGCUUGCCUGCCUCUCCUAGGAUUUUCGAACAUCUAAAAACUACUAUAAUUGCCCAUUUUUAACGGAUUUUUACCCUCAAAAGGUCACCUAGAAUUUUCGGGAGCCUUUUUGCUGGCUGAAAUUUUCGAAAAGGUAAGUUUUGAUCCCUAUAAUUUUCGGAUCACUAGACUUUCAGCUAGGAAAUCCGAACAGAUGAAAAAUUUUUAUGGGAUAAAAAUAUGCCUAUAUCUACCGUUUAAAUACUAAAAUACGUUUAACAAUGCUAUAUUUAAGUGGUUUUGAUUUACAUUAUCGUUGGGUGCCCCUGAAACCCUACUUCCAAGACAAUAAAAGGUAGACCAUACUACAGCGAUCUCGGUCUACACAAUUCCAAAGCGAAAUAAGGCAUUUUGACGUGUACAGUUAAUAAUGACAAUGUUAUUUUUAUUUUUAUGUACAAUGAUUACCUUAACUCCACAGGUGAGGUAUCUUGCAAGCCCUGCGAACAAGGACAACGGCCCAACGCCGAAUUCAGUGGUUGUGAGUCGCUCCCUCGACGCAACAUCGCACAGAGCUGGUUCAUUAUGGUCAUGGUAUUUGCGGGCCUGGGUAUCAUGUGCACAAUUUUUGUAGGGACAUUAUUCUACAUCAAUCACGACACCCCCUUAGUUAAGGCCUCGGGCAGGGAGCUCACAUGCGCACUUCUUUUUGGUUUACUCUCUUGUUACGUGUUUUCAUUCUUCUUGCUGGCUGAGCCGUCGACUGUGGUUUGUGCAAUCCAGCGGUUUGGUCUUGGAUUUUCGUUUUGCGUGUGCUACGCGGCAAUUCUGAUUCGAACCAGUCGGAUUGCAAGAAUUUUUGAGAAGAGCAAACGGUCAACGAAGCCACCGAUGCUCAUCAAUCCGGCCUCACAAAUCGCCAUACUAGGCGUAUUUGUUUGCGUCGACGUUGCCUUCGCUGUAUUAGGGCUGGCAAAAUGGCCACCGGAUACUGUCCUUGCUUACCCAACGAAUAAAGACGUAUUGCUAAUUUGCAACAUUCAAAGUUACGAUCUUAUCUUUGCGUUGACGUACAAUGUGAUAAUUAUUCUUCUCUGUACAUUUUACGCGUUUAGAACGCGCAAAACACCCGCAAACUUCAACGAAGCGCGGUACAUUGGCUUCGCUAUGUACACGACUUGUAUCAUUUGGGUCGCAUUCAUUCCGGUGCAAAUCGGCGUGAACAAAGACUACGCGACAAUAACCCUCAGUAUCAAUACGACUCUUAACGCUACAACGCUACUGUUGUGCAUUUUCGGACCUAAAGUGUACAUCCUGGUGUUAAGACCAACGCGGAAUCUGCGCAGUAAGUCCCUAAACAGUUGGCGCUCUCAUGAAGCUGAAUUUCACAACACCACAGGUAGGGACUGUCACUCAGGGACCCUGGAUGGGCCUUCGAGUCAUUGUACAGUUACAAACUUCUACUAUGAGAGUACAAUAUGA